UCAUUUCAGUUUGAUUCAGCGAUACCAGGAGGGCGCUUCACAUAGCGAGCGAGAGCAUGGCCACCGACUUCACACAGGAGUCUAUUCUACGUUUCCUUCUCAACAAAGGCGGGCAGGUGCGUAACGCGGAUUUAUUGACACACUUCAAGCGGUUUCUGAGGGAGGACGAGCAGAGAGAGCAAAACCGCGAGUUAUUUAAGAAGUACGUGAACUCCGUGGCCACGGUGAGGCAGGAGGAGGGGGUGUCUCAUGUUGUGCUAAGGAAAAAAUACCGUGUACACCUCGGAGACAUCGCCAAGAACCAGGAGCUCGAGCGACAGAAAGACCGAGAUGCUAUACAAGUGGUGAGUAAGAAGCAAGAACUUAAACCCCAAGCUGCUUUGCCAAUCCCAACUCUUGACAUUGGUGUUGAAAUCUUGCCAGCUGCUGGUAUUGUAACCACCACAAUUAACAACAAUAACAACAAAGAUUCUACUCCCAAUUUUGAGAAAGCUGUCAAAACCUCAUCACCGAAUGGGAGGAAACAACCUGUUGUAUCCAUUCCCUGUGCAGAACAGGCACCUUACGACACCUGCCCUUUGAAACCAGCCCCAUCUGACACUGACAGUCGCUCAAGUGGGAGCGGUCAGAGCUUUGAACAGCCAUGGGAGUCGAAAGCAUCCGAGCUGGAACACAACAUUGUUCACCCGGCCAAACUGAGACAAUUAAGGGAAGCAGAUGGCUGCGAGCAGUCCUUUGUUACCCCUACCCAUUAUGAAGUUAGAGUGUCGCCUCCACCUGAAAGGACAAGUUUGAGCACAAACACAUUGGACGUUAACUCUUAUAAACACUUUCAGAGGAAGCAUUCAGAGGAGCCUGUCGCCAAACCAUGGCCUUCGCACACGCCCUUCGGACAGUCUCAUAUGUCCAGCUCUACGCCUUGUCUGUUGGACCACCCUAUUGCCCCAUACACCCAAGCAGGUUUGAGUCAAAGCAAUGAUAGUCUGCUACCACCAAACCCCCCUCCGACCCAUGCAAGCGAAGCAUACCUGCAGCUACGCCCCCCUUCAAGUCUUUCCUCAAGUCACGACAGCCUCUCAAUCCCGUCCCCUUCCUCUCUUCCACCUGACACUGGUUGGCCGCAAGGCUUUGGGCGGGAAGAUUGGCCCAGCAAUGAUGCCGUGAAGUAUCAAGGCCUCGCAGGACAAGAUGGUAACGAUGUACGUGCCUUCAUUCAUCGCUCCCAGGAGGCAAGGUUGUUGUCGCAACUCCAUCAACCAGGUCGCAAGAUCACACCGCUGCACCAUUCCACCGGUCACCUUGAAGACCAGGACUCAAGGGUGUCUCCACGGAGCGCUUCACCGGAGGCCCAUUACGGACCAAUUGCCCGCCGGUUGAGUUCUCGUCUGCAAAGUCGGAUGUGUCGGAGUCUUGGAGAAGACUUGGAUCAGUCAUUCCCAGAGGACGCCAAUUCGGCACGGCACAACCGUCUCCAGUUGUUGUCUUCGACUCUCAGCAUUGGCAAUUUAGUUUCCUCCUCUUCCAGCAAAGGACAAAGUUCUCGAGACCUUUCCUCGCCUGCUGGGUCAACACGAAGUCUGGGGACUCCCGGGCAUGAUGGGUCCUUCAGCAACAAACAUUCUUCGGUUCCUCUUGAUCCCAGAGAACACGAUUGGUUUGUUAAAGCAGCAUCAGGCACAUGGACUGACAUCUACGCCCUCUUCCGAGAGGACCCAAACCUUCUAAGCAAACGAGACUUCAUAUCUGGGUUCACCAUUGUACAUUGGAUCGCAAAGCAUGGUGACCAUCGCGUUCUGAACACGCUUUUGUAUGGAGUCGACAAGGUCGGGAUGAACCUAGAUGUUGAUGCAAAGACCUCUUGUGGGUAUACGCCUCUUCACCUAGCGGCCAUUCAUGGACACAAGAAGCUUAUUCGGCUACUUGUGCAAAAGUUCAAAGCUGACGUGCGGAUCAGGGACAGCAGUGGGAAAAGACCAUGGCAGUACUUGAGUAAAGACGACAACCGAGAAAUAUUAGAACUCUUGGGUGCUCCAGAGAAAAUAACUGGUCGUAGUCCAGGGAUGCAAGGGUCUGCAGUAAACCUAACCGCAAGACCUGCAACUGAAAGGGUGAAUGUUAAAAGGCAUACAUCUAUCGCUGCACUGUUUAAACACAAGUCUCACCUAAGGGUCUCGUCUACUCCAGAAGAUUUUUUGUAGUUUUACCUGGCUAGAUUGUAUUGUUUGGAGGUAAACCCUUUCUCGUUAUGGUAACACUUUUUUUGGUGGUGAAAAAAAGUAUGCACUUUGUCACUUCUUUUUUAUAAUUAACUUUGAGUCAGUAGUACAAUCGUUUUAUGUUUUGUUCUUAGUAUGCACAUCUGUGUAUGUCCAACAUUGGGUUUCUGUUUUCUAUGAAUGUCACUAAUAUGCUGUGGUGUUACUAAAUACAUUUCCUGUAAUAUGAGAGCGUGUUAAAAGAAUGUUGCAGGUUCAAAAAUGUCAAGCUCAAUCGAAUGCAUUUGUUUACCUGGGGUGGGGGAGCAAAAAUUGUGGUUAAAGUGAGGCACUUACAAUGGAAGUGAAUUGGGAAAUGCUGUCGAUUGAGCUUAACUUGUAUUAAACCUGGAAUAUUACUUUUAAAAUGUCUUUUAUGCAACAGUGUUUUGCUUUGUACCGACACACACUAGAUUCCCAAUCAGACUUUGAUCUUCAAAAUAAAUUUUCUGCUCAUAACAAUGUUUCAUUUCCUCUGGCGGGACAAAUAUCGUUCAGUGCUUUGUAACUGUUACACUUGAGCUCCCUAAGCAAAGGAAUAAGCUGUUCUGGGUCCUCUCUGUACGGAAACUAUGCAGCUCAUGUACUAGUAAUCGAGAGUGAUGUUGGAUGAUGAGUUUCAUUCUGUUUUUUAAAUUGAGAAUGCAAUUGCCUUUCUUCCUAUGAUUUCAGAUAUUGGUGUUCUCAACUAUCCAACCCUGGAUGUUCGUGAUGAAUGCUACUGAUAAGAGCUUUGCUGGUGUAGCUGGCUAAAUAUUUAACUCUCUUUCCCCCACUUAUCUCAAAUCAAAGGGGAGAGAUAAACAUUUAAGUUUCCAACUCUAGCAUGAGCAUUCCAGCACUGGAGACGCCACAACAAGCGUAACUCACAGACCUCUAUCAGUGUUCUGCAAUUUUUUCCCCCCACGCAGUCAUGUUUUGAGGUUAUUCUAUGUGGGAAUGAAAGUUCAUGUGUGUUCAUGUUCGAAUGUCAAGGUUGAUGAUUUGCAUGCCGAGCUGAACCUGUCUUUUGUGUUCUGUUGUCGAACUGCAUAUUCUUCCUGAGGUAGAAAAACAGAAAAUGACUUUAGGGGGAAGAGUAUAACGUGACUUCACUAGUUCAAGUUGGAUUGAUGUUCUAUAGCUCUCACAAUCAUGUUUGAGUCUUUAUUUUCUUUUAUGAUCUGUGUUUAUGAACCGUUGUGUUUACUGACAUGUUUCAACACGUCACAGGGAGUGUUGGUUUACUUGGCUGCAUUUCUUCUUUGCAUUGAGUCUUACAUAAUAUAGUGCACUAUGUAUUGCACCUUUAUACUCAAACUUUAUUAUAUUAAUAAAACAAGACUUUGACCUUUGUAAUAUUGUCUACACCUUUGAUUUAAUAGCAUGCAUAUGGAUGCCUGCUUUAAUAUACAAACCAACCAUGUUGUUUGACCUUGAAACCAAGCAGAUUUUUCCUUAAAUUCCUUGAAAUCAUUAUUGCAAGGGCAAACAACUCAAUAUUACUAUUUAGUAUACAUGUAUUCUAUACAUUUAGACAUCUGAAGUAGCUUUAGAAAGCAACCUUUUCCAUUUGAUUUGACCAAAAUAUAAAUUACAGGCCACAAAGACAACUUAAACAUUAGUGAGACACACGAAACCUGGUACAUGUUAAAUGAUUCAGAUUGCUAAUGUAACCGUGAUAAAGAAGUACAGCAUAUCACUAUGCUUUAGCUAUUACUUUCUUUGGGAUCUGGUUACCAUUGAAUUGUUUGUUUGGUAGUUCCAAGUUUCCUUACUGCUUCAUAUCUGUAUAUUUAUAUUGUUCUGAACA